AGCUGUACACAAAAACUUUGACACGAGAGAGUUUUUCGCUGGCACUGGUUUGUCUUCUUGUUGUGUAGCGGACUUCAGCCAUAGAAGCGGAUUCAGCGGUCACAGCAUGGAAGAAGGUGAAGAGGAAAACUGCCUCAUAUACCCGAGCCUGCUUCCACUCGGCAGUGAGAUCAAGGCAACGAUGCAGCAGUUUGUGGAAGAGAGGACGGAAGCCAACAUGUGGACGGCUGUGCUGAUUGGAGCUGUGACAGUCGUUUCUGUCGUUGGAGUUGUUGUGUUUCUUCUGUACAGACAAUACAAAGUUUCAAAAGUGGAGGCUGGCGUUCCUCACUAUCGUUUCAGGAAGAGAGACAAGGUGAUGUUCUACGGUCGAAAGAUCAUGAGAAAGGUUCAGACGUUUUCCUCCGCCCCAGCCUCUACUUCAAACUCAGCUUCCCGGCAGAGAGUGAGGAAGAGGGCCAAAGUCCUGUCUAUAGCUCACAAGAUCCUGCGCAUCCGGAAGGAGCCCCCCACCCUGCAGCCCAAGGAGCCACCUCCCUGUCUGCUGGAGGCCGACCUGACUGAGUUUGAUGUGCAGAACUCCAAUCUGCCCUCUGAGGUGCUGUACAUGCUGAAAAAUGUCAGGGUGCUUGGCCACUUCGAGAAGCCUCUUUUCCUGGAGCUGUGUCGUCACAUGGUGCUGAUCCCGCUGCACCAGGGAGAGGGACUCUUCCGACCGGGUGACACUGAUGACAGUAUUUACGUGGUUCAAGAUGGCCGUCUGGAGCUGUGCAUCCAUGAGAGUGAUGGUACAGACGCUGUGGUGAAGGAAGUUUUACCAGGAGACAGUGUUCACAGUUUGCUCAGUAUCCUGGACAUCAUCACUGGCUACCCAGCACCUUACAAAACAGUGUCUGCAAGAGCAGCAGUUCCCUCCACUGUCCUGCGUCUUCCAGCUGCGGCCUUCGAAUCAGUCUUUGAGAAAUAUCCUGAAACUAUGGUCCGUGUCAUCCAGAUUAUCAUGGUGCGUCUCCAGAGAGUGACCUUCCUUGCCUUACACAACUACCUCGGCCUGACUACUGAGCUCUUCAACCCGGAGAGCCAAGCCAUCUCCUUGGUGUCGGUGGCCCAUGUUCUGGGUGAGACUCAUCCACACCGAGGCCUCCGCAAGCAGCCUUCCCACUCUGAUGAUCUGGGCUCCGAAAAAGCUGAUUCAGAAAAGUCCAGCCCCUCUGACACAUCCACGUCAAAAUACAAGAAGUCUCGCUCUGUCUCCACCCCAAUGGCCGUUACAGGUGAAAUGUCAGCUGACCUCAACAGAGUAAGUGAGCAGGCAACCAAAGAGGAGACUCUGCCUCACAGCCCAGUGAAGUCUAUUCUAAAGAAGAGUGUGACAAUGCAGCACACGCCAUCUGCUGUUUACCACUAUAUUGAUGCUGGAGGAGGAAAUGUCCACCAUAAUAAAGUUAAUGCUAUUUUCCAAGCUGCCAAAAAGGAUCUGCUACAGGUCAUCCAAAUAGAGGACCCCAAUCUGCUGGAGGGGAGGGUUAAUCUUCGCCAGGUCAAAGCCGGCUCUGUUGUGGCACACCAGGGAGACCAGGAUGUGAGCGUGGCGUUUAUCAUCUCUGGGUUGCUACAUGUUUACCAGCGUAUGAUAGACCGUGAGGAGGACACCCUGCUGUUUGUCACCCACCCUGGGGAGAUGGUGGGUCACCUGGCUGUUCUUACAGGGGAGCCCCUUAUCUUCACUGUCCGAGCUCACAGAGACUGCACCUUCCUCUCAAUAUCCAAGGCUCACUUCUAUGAGAUCAUGCGCGAGGAGCCCAGGGUGGUGUUGAACGUAGCUCACACUGUGGUGAAGAGGGUGUCACCAUUUGUCAGACAGAUUGACUUUGCCCUGGACUGGAUGGCUGUGGAGGCUGGCCGUGCCGUCUACAGACAGGGAGACAAGUCAGAUAGCACCUUCAUUGUUCUCAGUGGGCGACUGCGCUCUGUCAUUGCAAAGGAUGAUGGGAAGAAGGAGCUGGCUGGAGAGUACGGCCGUGGGGAUCUAAUUGGUGUGGUUGAGGCCCUGACCCACAUGAACCGAGCCACCACGGUCCACGCUGUCAGGGACUCCGAGCUGGCCAAGCUACCUGAAGGAGCUUUGAACUCCAUCAAGAGGAAAUAUCCUCAGGUUGUCACCCGGCUGAUUCAUCUGUUGGGGCAGAAGAUCCUGGGCAACAUGCAGCAGGUCAAUGGACCUUUGGCUGGUAAUGCACGUAGCCUGGGUCUCCACACCCCCACCAGUAAGUGGGAUGCUGAGAAUCCAGCCUCCAACCUGUCCACUGUGGCCAUCCUGCCUGUAUCUGAGGAAGUUCCCCUCACUGCCUUCACUCUGGAGCUGCAGCAUGCACUCAGCGGCAUUGGCCCCACGCAACUCUUGACAAGUGACAUCAUCAAACAGCGACUAGGCUCUGCUGCUCUAGACAGUGUCCAUGAGUAUCGCCUGUCCAGUUGGCUCGGGCAGCAGGAAGACAUCCAUCGCAUUGUCCUCUACCAGUCUGACUCUAGGCUCACUCCUUGGACACAGCGCUGCAUCCGCCAGGCUGACUGCAUUAUCAUCGUGGGACUGGGUGAGCAGGAACCCACUGUGGGUGAGCUGGAGCGGAUGUUGGAGGGCAGUGCAGUCCGUGCUCAGAAGCAGCUUGUGUUGCUGCACAGGGAGGACGGCCCGCCGCCCAAAGGGACAGCCGAGUGGCUGAACAUGAGGAGCUGGAUCUCUAGACACCAUCACCUGUCCUGCCCCCGCAGAGUGUUCUCCAAGAGGAGUUUACCUAAGCUGCUAGAGUUGUACCAGCGUGUGUUUGAAAAGUGCCCAGAUCGUCAUUCCGACUUCUCCCGUCUGGCCAGGAUCCUGACAGGAAAUGGCAUCGCCCUUGUGCUGGGUGGAGGGGGCGCCAGGGGCUGCUCUCAGGUCGGCAUCCUGCGGGCACUGAAUGAGGCGGGGAUCCCGGUCGACAUGGUGGGCGGCACCUCCAUCGGCUCCUUAAUGGGAGCGCUGUAUGCUGAGGAGAAGAGCAACAGUCACAUGAGGGUCCGGGCUCGUGAGUGGGCCAUGGAUAUGAACUGUUAUUUUAAGAAGAUCUUGGAUCUGACCUACCCUGUUACCUCCAUGUUUUCUGGAGCUUCCUUUAACUCCAGCGUUAGCUCCGUCUUCAAGGGCAAACAGAUAGAGGACCUGUGGCUGCCAUACUUUAACAUUACAACAGACAUCACAGCUUCCUCCAUGAGAGUUCACACUUACGGUUCGUUGUGGCGGUAUGUCCGGGCCAGUAUGUCCCUGUCUGGUUACCUGCCACCUCUCUGUGAUCCCAAAGAUGGACACUUACUCAUGGACGGAGGGUACAUCAACAACCUUCCUGCCGAUGUGGCUCGCUCCAUGGGGGCCAAGGUUGUGAUUGCAAUUGAUGUUGGAAGUCAGGAUGAAACCAACCUGACCAACUACGGUGACUCCCUGAGCGGCUGGUGGCUGCUGUGGAAACGCUUCAACCCUCUGGCUGAGAAAGUCAAGGUCCUGAACAUGGCAGAGAUCCAAACCCGACUUGCUUAUGUCUGCUGUGUGCGGCAGCUGGAACUGGUCAAAGACAGUGAAUACUGUGAGUACAUUCGGCCGCCCAUCAACCACUACGGCACGCUGGACUUCGGCAAGUUUGACGAGAUCGCUGAGGUGGGAUACCAGCACGGAAAGACAUUGUUCGAUGUGUGGAAGCGCAGUGGCGUGGUGGACAGCAUGCUUAAGGACAGACAUCAGGAGGAGUUCCACAAGACCAAAACUGGCCAUGUGGUCACCUGUCCGAAUGCCUCCUUCACUGACCUGGCAGAGAUAGUGGCAAGAAUCGAACCUGUCAAGAAUGCCUUAAUCGAUGAGGUACUGUCUGAUGAAUACCAGACAGACUAUGACGAGGAGGUCGUGGAAAGCGCUCUCUCUGACUUCGAGGCAUUCACCGCCGGCAGUGAAUACACAGAGGGAGAGGAGACGGCAGACACUGCUGAAACAGAUGAGGACAUUCAAGUCCGAGUGCGACGCCGGCCGAAAAAUGCCCCACAAAGUCCUAGACCAUGAAAUCUACCAGGGCCAUCACUGCCUGUCAGGACUGCUGAACAUGGUCCACAACACACACAUUUUAAUGCAGUGCUUUAAGAAAUUCACAGUUUGCAUUUCAGACAUGUAGCUGAUACUCAUGCUCAGUGUCUUGCUUAAAGACACUUGAGCAGGACACAAAACUGUUGAUGAAUACAGUGACUUCUUGUUAGGCUCCAACCUUCCAGCAAACUGAGGUUGUUUUUUGUUUCCCGCACUCUGUAAAUUUUAAUAGUUUAAACAGUUCAGUAACAACCAGGGUUCCCACUGGUCAAGGAAUUCCUAAACAUCUGGACUUGUGUACUCCAAACAGGGAAAAUCUAUUAAUUCUUUGUGUUCUCUGGGGAAAGUCAGGGAAUAGCAAAUAACUUAACAAAUGUAUGGGAAUACAAAAGUGUGUAUUUCAUAGCAUGUUUGACAGAUUCAUUGAAUUAUAUGGCAGUCUCUCGCUCUGUCAUAGGAAAAACAGGGACAUUUUUAUAAAAUUGUACCACAAUUAGAGCCUUGAAACUCUUGAAAAGACCAGUGUCUUCAUACAAGCACACCACGCACAACUAAAAUGCACUAUUGUCUUUCAGCAGAAUAUUAUUUAUAUGCAGUGCCACUUUUGGGGGCAGAUCUAGUCAUAGCUGACUCCUAUUAUAAUAAGCUCAGAACCCUAAAGCACUAAGUGCAUUUCAUCAUGUUUACAUAUUAGUUAAAACAGUAAAGAUAUGUUUUAUGUGCCUAUAGUGCACUUCAAGUACAGUGUUAACCACAUGUCUGUCCAGUGAUGAAGGGAUUUCUCCCCUUUCAGAGUAGGGAUAUCUACAUACUGUAAUGCAAUGUGAACAGUGACUAUAAUAAGCUCACAUCAGAUGUAUAUCAUGAAUGUAUUUCUUACAUGGAGCCUGACUAUUUACAAAAAUAUGAGUCUCUCUUUUCAUGGCAGUGCAAAGACACAAUAUUUGGAUAUUUUCCUGCCAAUUUAAUUGGCUGUAAUUUCCUCACCAGUUUAAUGCCAUAAAGUUCUUGAUUUUGUACACUCACUGCAAAGAGUUUUACAAUGAGUAACAGUAUGCAUACUGUAUGCAAUUGGUAUGCAGUAUAAAUUGUAACACAGCAUUUAACCACAGGAAAAGCUCAGGUGUAACCAAAUACAUGAACUGUGGGUCUAGCAGAACCCUGAAACUAGCAGAACUUUUGGGAUGCCCACAUUAUUAAUGUUGUUCAGUUUAUUUGGGCUUUUCACAUUAUGAUGUCAAAAUGUCUGCUGUGACAGAGAUCUAUUUUAAGUAGGGAAAUAAAGCAACCAGAAAAAUUUAUGUUUUUACGUACUAAUUUUUUCGUGGCCUUCAGUAAAGUCAGACUGCACGUAACAGUUAUUGCAUUAAUCACAAACCACAUCAUGCAUGCAAUAUUUUUGUACUACAAGUCCCCAUUUAGUUUUUGUCAUAAGUAAUGUCACUGGCUGAGAGCAAUAUUAUCACCACACAUUUCAGGUUCAUAUUCUACUUCACUCUGUGCCGGAAUGAACUGUAAAAUAUAGGUGCACUGAUACACCCCCACUGACUCCUUUAAUGUCCCUUUUUAUAUCAGGAAUAGUUAUUGAACUUCGAUAAAAGUUAGUUAAUUAGAUGACAGAGGACCGAGUACUGGGACUCACCUGAUAUUACUGAAUCUACCACUCAGUUAUUCAUGCAUCUUUAUGUGGCCAGUACCAGAUAACAGACAAAUGAACAACUUGAAGGGAUGACUUACCUUUGGUGAUUAGUGAAUGUACGCCUUGUGCCUGGACCUUUUUUAUGUUCAAGCUCUAUGUUUAAAAAAAAGAGUCUUAGAGCAUGACCACUAUUGAAAGUGCGAUCAUGAUUUAGACCCAGAAAUACCUAACACUGGACGGCUACUAUACUAAAACUAGUACUUGCCAGUUAAUGUAGCAUCACACUUUUUAUAGCUGCCAUUUGUCCUUUUAACUCGCCAUAGUUACAGAGCGCCUCUGGUAUGAACUAGUGAGUAAAUUUGCUUCCAUAAUUAUCUAAAUAACAUGUUUUUAGUAUUGGAUGAUGCUAAUGUUAAUGAUUUUGUGUUCAUAUGGAGUAGUUACUAUUGUUACAGUAUUUUAUGUUAUUUUAUGUAAAUCCUUAUUUUCAGUUUGUUGUGACUUUUUACCUGUCAAAAGGUUGAACAGAAUAAUGUAGAAUGAUGUAGAAUAUGACAUUAUUAAUAUUUAGUGAACAAACGAGUGGGUAAUAGUAACAAGUACUGUUUGAUAGAAAUGUUUUUCUUUAAGCUGUGCUGUUGUUAAAGCCAAAAGUGUGUAAAAACUGAAUGGAAACGUCCAUAAGAUUAGUUCUUCUGUGGAAUCUAAAACUGAGAUGAAACUAUUUGUUGCCAUGUUAAAAUAAAUAGUUUCUGACUGACAGUUACGGUGUUGAAGGUUGAACUGCUGAACAUCUUAGAUCAGAGGGAUGUGCCUUGACAAGGUGAUCAGUGUUUUUGCAACUUUUACAGAUUACAUGUGAUACAUAAUUAUCAUGCAUUACAAAGUGGGAUGGAAGAGAAACAGCACAAAUAAAGUUUCUACAAGUUGCUGUGGCUGUGGCGCCCAGGUAGCUGACCUGGUAGAGCACGUAUCAUGUAUCUAGUCCUCGAACUUAGCCCCUCAUUUUGCUGCAUACCAUCCAAUCUUUCUCUGUUGUCUAUAUUAAAUAAAGCAGAAAUAGCAACAA